AUGGAGGCCGAACGAGAGCCGAAGCACGACGUUGAGUCACCGUCGUCGGCCGACAACGCUGUGGUGUCGGGGGACACCGUUUCUGAUAUCUCGAUGCUGGAAGAGAAGAGGGAGAAGCAUUUAAUACGGAAGAUCGACUUGCAUAUUCUGCCGUUUGUGGUGCUUCUUUACCUUUUUAGCUUCUUGGACAGAGUCAACAUUGGCAAUGCCAGACUGUACGGCCUAGAAGAAGACCUGGGUCUGGAAGGCAAUCAGUAUCAAGUGGCCGUUUCCAUCUUGUUCGUCACAUACUGUCUGUUCGAGGUGCCAUCGAAUCUGGUCAUCAAGAAACUCACCCCCUCGCGCUACAUUGCGUCAAUCUCGGUAAUAUGGGGUAUCAUAGCGACCCUUACCGGCAUCACUCAGAGCUACGGUGAUCUGAUCGCUUGUCGCGUUCUUCUCGGUGUUGUGGAAGCGGGUCUCUUUCCCGGUUUGAUGACUUACCUUACCUUGUUCUACAGCAAGCGUGAACUUGCCCUGCGCACGGGGUAUCUAUUUAGUAGCGCUGCUAUCGCCGGCGCAUUUGGCGGUUUGUUGGCCUAUGGUAUAGGCUUUAUGGACGGGAUCAGCGGCCUCAAAGGUUGGCGAUGGAUCAUGAUCAUCGAAGGCAUUCCAACCGUUCUUCUCGGCGUGAUCACUUGGUUCUUCCUCGCCGAUGACCCCGACACGGCAUAUUAUCUCAACGAGGAAGAAAGGGCUCUAGUCGCCCGCCGUCGGGGUCGCUACGUGGGUCAGACCGCCUCUGCGCAAAAGUUCCACUGGGCGGAUGUCAAAGAGGGCGCAUUGGACUGGCGCAUCUACGCCUUCUGCAUCGGCCAGUUCGGAGUGGACACCAUGCUCUACGGCUACAGCACAUUUCUUCCCACCAUCAUCAAGGGUAUGGGAUCCUGGACGGUUCCUGAGGUCCAAGCCCUCACGAUCCCUUGCUAUGCACUAGGUGCUUUAGUGUAUUUAGCCGUUGCAUGGCUCAGCGAUCGCACUCAGCAACGUGCACUCUUCACCUGCAUUUUCGCCGCCAUUUCCGUGGUGGGGUAUGGCAUUCUGAUCUCGGAUUCCUCGUCGGGGGUGCAUUAUUUCGGCGCUCUACUCAUUGCCUUGGGCCUCUACGUUGCCGUUGGUCUGCCACUCGCAUGGCUACCCACCACGCUUCCUCGCUAUGGCAAGCGCACGUUCGCCACGGGUCUGCAGCUGACAUUCGGUAACGUGAGCGGGGUUAUGUCGCCAUUUCUGUAUAAAACCAACGAAGCUCCACGAUAUGUUCGAGGCAAUGCAGUCACUUUGUCUAUGGUGGGGUUUGCGGGCGUUGUCUAUGGUCUGAUGUGGUUCUAUUAUCGCGGAAAGAACAACCGCAGAGACCGAGGCAUGGAGGAUUAUAAAGUCGAGGGAAUGACGGAGGAGGAGAUUCAGGAAAUGGGCGAUCGGAGUCCUCGGUUCCGAUACAGUCUUUGA